GAUAACCUGCAAAGUUCGUCUUCAUAUAUAAUCAUAACAAAAUGUUAAGGAAUAUUUUCCGUACCAGCCGCUGGCUGGCACGAAGGCAGAUCAAUAGUGUGCUUCCAGUAUUAAUACGCCAUUCUCCAAGCAUAUCACAAAACGUGCCUAGUUUGUCUAUUGCCCGCCAAUUUUCGUCUAAUCCAUCUGCCCCACAAGUUUCUGAAGUCGACCCAGCGGUUUUUGAAGAAAUAUGCAACGAAACAUUAGAAUCUCUUUGUGACUAUUUCGAAGAGCUUGUCGAUGCUUCUCCAAAUUUAAAAGGUGCUGACGUCACGUUUAGCGAUGGCGUACUAACAGUAGCCCUCGGUUCCAAGUACGGUACUUACGUAAUAAACAGACAAACACCGAACAAACAAAUCUGGCUUAGUUCUCCAGUAUCCGGGCCCAAGCGCUAUGACUUGAUACUGAAAGACGGUGGCCACUGGGUAUAUAAACAUGACGGAAUAAGUCUACACAAAUUACUCCAAGAAGAAAUAUCCAAAAUAGUAACAAACAAAGUAGAAUUCAAGAAGUGUUCUCAUAGCUUAGUCUGAAAAGUGUAUAUUUUAUUUAUUUUAUAGUAAAUAGGUUUUAUUGUU